AUGAUCAAGCGUCCUGUGGACUUGGAUUCUAUAGCGCACAACUUGGACCGGUACCCGAGCCCGAAGGACUUCAUAGAGGAUCUAGAACUGAUGUUCGAUAACUGCUUUGCAUUUAACAAGCCUGGUGAUGAUGUGUAUAUAGCUGGCUCGCAGUUGAGGAAGAUAUAUAGAGAGAGCUAUGAUUUAAUGCGAGAGCAAAUUGACGCGAGUUAUACAGCUGAGUUGGAUGAGGGCGUGGCCUCUGACCCGGGUGUUUGGAAGGUGCCCAGGUUCGAUCCCGAGCCGCCGCAGUUCGAGCCCCCCAAGGGCUGGUGGACUGAAGCUGAGGAGGGCUCCUCGAGGAAGCGUCCACGAGGGGAGGACGAGAGGGGAGAGGAGGAAGCCUCCACAACAGCAGUGGAUGAGGGUGGAGGGACGGCGGCGGCGGCGGUGUUGAGGAAACGGGCAAGAGUGCAAGAAGAGCCGCAGAAGUCUUCGGGUUCGAGUAAGGCGGCAUCGCCGGCGGCGGCGAGUUCGAGUGAGGUGGGGACGGUGAAGGGGAGGAAGGGCAGUAGGGGGAAGAAGGGGAAGACGGGGAGAGAGAAGCAUAAGGGGAAGAAGGGUGGUGGUGAUCAUGAUGACGACACUCUUGAUGAUGUACGGGAGAGAGUUGUGGCUAAACUGUUAAUGAAGAAGGAGAGGAAGGAGGCUAGUGAGGGGAAGAGUAGGGAGGUUGUGGUUAAUAGAUUGGUAGAGGAGGGGAAAGCUGGGGCUGGUGUUGAUGAUGAUGGUAAUGAGCAAACGAAAGCUAGUGAGGAGAAGCCAAGUGAGCAACAGAAGAAGGCCAGACGUGGUGGGAAGAAGAGUGCCGUUACCAAGAAAGGUGCUGAUGUACGCCGGGAAAAGGCUCGAUCGAAGAAAGCCCCGAAGAAGAAGGCGGCGGCGACAGCCUCCCCUACUGCUUCCCCCGACCACAGUGAGGGUUCUCCAUCCGAGCAAACAUCUCCGUCCAGUUCUCUUCUUGCAACGAAGCGCGCCGGGUCGGGGAGUGAAGCAAAGGCCUCGUCACCGCAUGGUGGAAGUAGCCCGAGUCCGAGCGCUAGUAGUUCUGGUGACGAUAGCGCGCCCAUAUCUUCUCUCGUGUUCGACAAGAACUCUGAUGCAGAGGAAAAAAUGCAGAAUAUCGUAUCGAGCUUCCACGAUGCGAUGGGCAAGACCGAGAAGCCUGCACGAGGGAAGAAGCGGAAGAAGCGUG